AGACGAGGGCCUGCUAAGAUCCCCUCCAAGUAAAUGGAGUUCUUCUUCCACUGAUUGAGAUGAAGUAGCUUGGAGGCUAUGUGUAUGAGCCGGAAAGCAGGCAAAUCGUGGUGUGUAGUAAUGUCCCCCAGUAGCGAAAGAGUCACGAAGAAUAUCGUCGAUAGAGUGGCAUGCCUUGCGGUAGCGCUGCAACAUCAACGAAAUCUCAGCAGCUCGCGGACAUGAACUUGGAAGUGUCUGCUCGAAGGCAGAGUCAUGAAAGUCUUUUGACACGCGGAGGUGACUGCGCGAUGUUAAGAUCUCAUCAUGAAAGCACCAGCUAGCUGGAGGAUGAUAGUCAGUCGUUCUCUGCGCACCGGAAAGAAACUCACACCCGAAGGUGUAGUCUUCACUCCGAUAACAGCUUUGAAGAACAAGGCGCUGCGCGAGGCAGCCCUGAAGAACAAGAUGCUGCACGAGGCAGCCUUGAAGAACAAGAUGCUGCGCGAGGCAGCCUUGAAAGAACUCGAAGAUGCUGCGCGAGGCAGCCUUGAAAUUCCUCAACAAAACUUGUGGGCGAAGCAUCUGCAACCCUGGACGCUGGACUCUGAACGUGAUCACUGGAUACUGGACUCUGGACAUGUAUAUUUGGUCCCUGGUCUCUGAUCUCUGGAUAUUGAUCUCUGGUCUCUGGACACUUGGCGUUGCACGAGGCAGCCUUCAUGAAACACUAGAAACUGCACGAGGCAGCCUUCGAGGACCUCGAAGAAGCUUGAGAGCAACGGAGUAAACUGUGCACACAGGUGUCCUUAAAAUCCUGCACAAUGGCAGGUAGCACUGGUGUUGAAG